CCAAUGUUCGUCGUGCUUCUCCUGCUCCGGCUCCAUUUCAACCGGAUUUUUCAUCCUCUAAACCGCUCCGGAUCAGCACAGGACCGAGUCUAAGGUGUGAAAAAUGUCCGGAGAAAGGCAGAGGUCGGACGAUGAGAGUCCCAGCACCAGCAGUGGAAGUUCAGAUGCUGAUCAGCGAGAUCCACCUGUAGCAGAAGCAGAGGAGCAGGAGGAAAGAAAACAGCCCACACCUCCACAACAAAGUCAGAAGAAAUCCAGCAAACAGUCCAGCAAAACCCCUGCCAAGCUGUCGUCCAGCGCCAAACGGAUUCAGAAGGAGCUAGCGGAAAUAACUCUGGAUCCUCCACCCAACUGCAGUGCUGGACCUAAAGGAGACAACAUCUACGAGUGGAGGUCCACCAUCCUAGGUCCGCCUGGCUCUGUUUACGAGGGUGGAGUUUUCUUCCUGGAUAUCACUUUCUCCUCAGAUUACCCCUUCAAACCUCCAAAAGUUACGUUCCGUACGCGGAUCUACCACUGCAACAUUAACAGUCAGGGCGUGAUCUGUCUGGACAUCCUGAAGGAUAACUGGAGUCCAGCGCUCACCAUCUCCAAGGUCCUGCUGUCUAUCUGCUCACUGCUGACAGACUGUAACCCCGCGGAUCCUCUGGUGGGGAGCAUAGCCACUCAGUAUCUGACCAACAGAGCUGAACAUGACAGGAUAGCUCGACAGUGGACCAAGAGAUACGCCACAUAGACGCGGCACUCCUUCUUCACCUCCCACCUACCUUAAUAUCUCCCCUCUGCUCACCCCAAAUCCCCCCCUUGCCCCAGACCCUCUUUACCCACUCGAUUGUCCAGCAGGAGCUCUUGAUCCAGGAGACACAACUUAACAAUGUGCAGCAGAUCUUUAUAACCUUUACAAUACAGACUCGUGUGUAUUUGUCCCCUGGAACCUGCCCUGGUUUCUUUUACCCAACAUGGACUGGGGGCACAGCAGACCCCGCCCAGCUGAACGCUACCACCGGUGUCGAUUGUUUCUUUUUCUAGCUUUAGAUUUUAGAUGACAUGUAUACUGGCAAGUCUCGCUUCUUUGGGAUAUUAAGAUAAAAAUGUAUUUUGUGAUGUUUGAAGGAAACAGUUCCAAUCCUGAUAUGAUGGUUCAUUUAGCCUAAUUCAUUCCCUGUACCAUGUUGAAAAGAAAGUGUUCAAACGUAUGUAGGUGUAGAAUAUUAGACCUGAUGUCAUUUCCUCUGAGCCCCGGAGCUGUUUCCCCCGUUCUGUGAGUACUGAUGUUGUGAAUCUGUUUUAUCUUUGUCACUUUGUAAUGAAGAGAAGCUCAUCCUCCGUUUUGUAGCUCGGCUGAAAUGAGCCACCGAUGUUCUAUUGCCUCCUACACAAUAAAAAUAUAACCUGUACAA